AUGAGGUUUCUUCCGCUACCCAAGCAGCUGCUUCGGGCUGCGACCCCUUCGUUGCGCCACGCACGGCUGGAGGUUGAAGACACGCCUAUGGGCGACCACGGGUCCACGGAGCUUGACGACUUCUGCGUUGUUGAGAAAUAUGUACUAGACGGGUUCUGCGGCACCAUCGAACUGCGUUAUGAAGCUGAAAUCAAGCCCCCCUCGACCGCAAUGCCUCUCUCACGCCACCAGUCAUCCAAGUCCAUGUCUUCCCGAGCUACUCCCAACAGCUUCACUCAGAGUGUCGGUCCGAACGCCGGCCGCCCCGCCUCCAUGAUCGGACGCGCCCAAACGUCCAUGUCCUUUCAUCGCACGACAGACAAUAAACAGCGACCCAAUGCGUCAAGCCGAAUCCGCCCUCAGACCGCUAUGACCAACCACCAAGAGGAGGAUGACUUGUCAACUGGAAAGCAGACUUGUAUGAUGCUGCCCCCUUCUUCUCGAUCUUCUACCCAGUCUGCUCCCUCUGCUUUGCCAGAAAGAAGGCUCAGAAAAGCUGCCUCAGUUCAAUACAUGGGGCCGCGAGCCUCAGUGCCAUCAAGAGAUAUCUCCAUCAGUACCAUGAUGGGAAAUUUGAGUCUCGACGACGAGCGUGCAAACGGUAGCUUUCUCAGACGGAAUCAAGCGGUUUCGACCAAAGAGAACUGUCCCCCCAGUCCGAGUUCCUUGCGUCAAUCAGACUUUCUUCUGGAAAACGUCACCUUCAGACCGUCUCAGCUACGCAGAGAAGAUGGCACAGCAACGCCAAUCACCCACCAGGAGGAUUCUAGGGCCAGCAUAAUGGCGCCGCCCAAGACUCCUCCCCCCUCUGUGGAACAGGCCCGAGAGUGGCUGGACAGGUUCGAGGAUACUCUGCUCGCUUCUACCAGGAGGUGUCCGGAGUCUCCUUCCAAAUCUCCUUCAAAAGCGUCAUUUCUAACUAAGGAUUCUAACCUGCCUGCAUUCACAGCUUGGGACAUGGACGAGCGCCUCGUGGAAGUAGAGGCCCAAUUUAAGGCCAUGAAAGAGGUCAUGAACGUGUCCUUGACCGACAAGAAGGCCAUGGAGGAGGUUAUCGAAAUGGCAAAAACGAGAGCGAACGACCUCGAGCGAGAACGGAAUCGACUAGACGAAAAGAAUACGAGUUUGCAGAAUGAACUCGAGAAUAUGAGGCAGCAGCUCCAAUCGCUAACACUGGACUUGGAACAAGAACGGAGAUCAUUCAAAUACGAGCUCGAAGACAAGGUUCGGGAGCAUCGGAGUGAUUUGGAGGAGCUUCAAAGAACCGUGGAGGUCCAGACCGAUCGCCUGAGCAGAGCAAAUCAAGAAGAGCUGGAUGUGUUGAAGAGGCAACAUCAGGAAGAGCUGGAUGCGUUGAAGAGGCACUAUCGGGUUGAGCUGGAAGACGAGAAACUUCAGGCAGCCCGCGAGAUUGAGGAGUUGAAAUCGAAACUGGGCUCCGAACAGGAUGGUCUGAACCUCGCCCUCCACAACAAGGAUCGCGAAAUCCAGAACACUCGAGCAGAAAUGGACGUCCUGAAUGGAGAUCUCGAUCGCGAACGAAAACAGAAGGCUCACCUGCAGACACAGGUCGAUGAAUUGCUCGGUACCAACACCUCCCUCGAGGGCACCGUACGCUCACUCCAAGCACAGGUGCACUUCUUGGAGUCAGACAGCAAGCAGCAAUCGGACUCAUUUGCUGAGAUGGAAGCGAGGAUGCAAGAAGCUUUGGUGGUUGCCGAUGAGGCCCGACAAAAGCUGAUCAAGGAGGAGACGGAACGACGAGCCCUAUUCAACAAGUAUCAAGAAUUGAAAGGCAACAUCCGAGUUAUGUGCAGGGUCAGGCCGGUUCUCGAUAACUCCGAAGGCACCACUGCUGAACUGGACUUUCCCGACGAUAAGACAUCGGCACAGAUCUACGUUAAAGGGCCAGAGGAGAAGAACGCCCUCGGCAAGGCUAGCAGCAAAACUUAUCCAUUUGAGUUCGACCGCGUCUUCACCCCUCAGAUACACAACGAGGAGGUCUUCGGCGAGAUCGCGCAGUUGGUGCAAAGUGCCCUGGAUGGCUACAAUGUGUGCAUCUUCUGUUAUGGUCAAACAGGUUCAGGCAAGACAUACACAAUGUCCUCCACGGACGGUAUGAUCCCGCGAGCGACCAAGAUGAUCUACGACACGGUCAACAAAUUGAAGGAAAAGUCUUGGUCAUACACUAUGGAAGGCAACUUUGUCGAAGUGUACAACGAAGAGCUGCACGACCUGUUGACCCCGGUAAAGGAGGCUGAGGGCAAGAGGAAACCUGAGAUCCGCCACGACGAGGCUCGCAAGACCACGACUGUGCUCAACUGCAAGAGUGUGACGCUCGACUCGGAAGACACCGUGGAGCAGAUGCUCAAGCACGCGCAGAACAAUCGCUCCGUGGCAGCCACUAAGGCCAACGAGAGAUCAUCUCGCUCGCACUCAGUGUUCAUCCUGAAGCUGAUUGGCGAGAACUCGGCGACGCACGAGCGGUGCGAGGGCACGCUGAACUUGGUGGACCUGGCAGGGUCGGAGCGGCUAAAGCACUCAGGCGCUGAGGGCGACCGCAUGAAGGAGACGCAGAACAUCAACAAGAGCUUGACGUGCCUAGGUGACGUGAUCGAGGCCCUGGGCAAGGGCAGCGGCCACAUCCCCUACCGCAACUCGCAGUUGACGUAUCUGCUGAAGAACUCACUGGGCGGCAACUCCAAGACACUCAUGUUCGUGAUGGUGUCGCCUCUGGAGGCGCACUUGAAGGAGACACUGACCAGUCUGAGAUUUGCUACCAAGGUACAUAACACCCACAUUGGCACGGCAAAGGCGACGAAGAAGACCAGAGACCGCAUCGGCGACUCAUAA